AUGACUAUCAAAAGCCUCAAUCAGGGCCAGCAAUACCGGCCACGAAUGGCUUUCCUGCGUAAGAUUGAGCCUCUGAUAAUGGAGAUGCAGGAUCCAAAUACCGGAAUUAAAACACAAACACAGAGGCUGAUGAUAACUACUAUACCUCACGCUAUGACAGGGCAUGAUAUGUUGGAGUGGUUGAUUCAGCGUCUGCAAAUUACAGAUGAAGAAGGCUACAUUUUGGGAAAUAUGAUUGUGAAGCUUGGCUACAUCUACCCAUUACAGGAGCCCAGGAACCUGAUCCUGCGGCAAGACAGCAGCCUUUACAGGUUCCAGACUCCUUACUUCUGGCCCACCCAGGAGUGGCCAGCAGAAGACACAGACUAUGCAAUUUAUCUGGCAAAGAAAAAUAUCCGCAAGAAAGGCAUAUUAGAAGAAUAUGAGAAGGAAAAUUACAACAUCUUGAACAAGAAGAUCAAUCACAAGUGGGAUUUUGUCAUCAUGCAAGCAAAAGAGCAAUAUCGGGCAGGUAAAGAGCAUAAGAAAGCAGAUAGGUUUGUCCUGGACUGUCAAGAGAGAGCUUACUGGCUAGUGCACAGACCAGCACCAGGAACUCUGGAUGUCCUUGAUUAUGGGAUUAACCGUGCAACAGAUCCGAAUGCAGACAAGGUAGAGCAGAAAAAGACAUAUGAUUAUUACAGAAGAGAGAUUCUCUACUAUCAACAAGCCCUCGUAAAGUCUAGAGUGAAGUCUUCAGUCUCACUGGGAGGGAUUGUAAAAUACUGUGAGCAGUAUUUCACCCAUGAUCCUAUAAUGUCAGGAUGCCUCCCUAGCAACCCUUGGCUCACUGAUGAUACAACAUUUUGGGAACUCAACACUCCAAUGGUGGACAAUCCAACAAAGUUGCGAGUCGAGCGAUGGACCUUCAGCUUCACUGAGCUGAUGAGGGAUCCCAGAGGCCGGCAGAAUUUCGAGAUCUUCCUCAGGAAGGAAUUCAGUGGAGAGAACUUGGCAUUCUGGGAAGCUUGUGAAGAUUUAAAGUAUGGAGAACAAUCAAAGGUCAAAGAAAAAGCUGAGGAGAUUUACAAAACAUUCCUAGCACAGGGCGCGAGGCGUUGGAUUAACAUUGAUGGGAGAACCAUGGAGAUUACUGUGAGCGGGCUGAAACACCCACAUCGCUAUGUGCUAGAUGCUGCACAGACUCACAUCUACAUGCUGAUGAAAAAGGAUUCGUACCCACGUUUCUUAAGAUCCCCCAUUUAUAAGGAAACAGAGGGUAAGGCCCUCAUUCCUGAAGAGACCAAGCAAAAAAGUAACUUCCCUUUCAUGAAGAGACACCGACGCUCCAGUCCCAGCCCUGUAAUCCUGCGGCAGCUCGAGCUGGAGGCAAAAGCAAAAGCAGCUGCCAGCGGGACGAAGGUGGUCGACAUAACACAGAUAUGUAGGUUUACUGCACCUGUUCCCCACCUGACAGUGUACACAGGCUUAUGUAUCCCACCUUGUUCCCCAAGCCUGUCCUUAUCUAAUGCUGCCAACGGUGAUCUGCCCUUCUGCUCCCCCAGAUACAUUCCACUACCAAACAGUGCAAUCUGCCCCUCACCGAUCAGCGUAGCCAUAGACAGCACUCCAGCAAUGGAAAGAAAAUGGGAGCAAAAUCAUUCUAUUUCUAAUCAAUUUUCUUCAGUUGCUGAAAGCACAGAGUUGUCUAUUGGGUCCGAAUCGAGUACCUGCCACCAGACAUCACUGUCCAUGGAAACCAAACCUUCUCAGAAAUCUAAAAUGACUCUGCCCUUCGGCAAGUUUUUGAAACGGGGAUGCACAAAUUCGCCAGUCUUUGCAACUUUGUCUCCCAAGUGCAUCUCGUUGAACAAUCGAAAGAUCCAACCCUUAAAUGGUGAAGAGAAACAGCUGCAGCAAAAGUCUAGAAGAGUGUCCAACUUCUUCCAAAUCAAAGUAGACAUCCCGUCUGAGAGCAGAAUUUACCCCAUAGACUCCGAGGAUGAGGAUGAAGAUUGUCAUCGUGCCUACAAGGACUCUGCAAAGGAAGUCAUUUGUCCUUGGGAGAGUGUGGCAGAGGAAAGUAAAGCAGGAUGA